AUGGAGAGCAAAAUGGAAAAGAGGGAAACGUGGAUGAAGAAAAGGGAAUAUAUUCUGGCAGUAGCAGGGAAUGUUGUGGGCCUGGGCAAUGUGUGGCGAUUCCCAUACCUGUGCUAUAAGAAUGGAGGAGGUGUCUUCCUGUUUCCUUAUCUCGUCUUUGCUGUGCUGUGUGGUUUGCCAAUCUUCCUGCUGGAGACUGUGAUUGGUCAGUACACACAGGAGGGCGCCAUCACCUGCUGGACCAAAAUCUGCCCACUUGCAAAGGGAAUUGGUUAUUCUAUCAACGUGAUCCAGGUGUAUGCCACCAUCUACAUCCUUAUCCUGGCCUGGGCCCUCCUCUACCUUAUCUCCUCUUUCAGAGGCACACUGCCCUGGGCUACCUGCAGCAAUCCCUGGAACACAGACAGAUGUGUGGAACUCACUUCUGCAAACUGGACUGCAUUAAACAAUGACAACCUGACAGUAAACUGGACGUCUGGAAAUAUCACCAAGUCUUCAGUCUCUGAGUUCUGGGAGAGAGGCGUGUUGUCCAUGUCUGGGGGAAUCGACGAGGUUGGUACAGUGAAAUGGGAGCUGCUGUUCUGUCUCCUGGCCUGCUGGGUGGCCUGCUACUUCUGCGUCUGGAAAGGUGUCCGCUCCACAGGAAAGGUGGUGUAUGUCACGGCAGUGUUCCCCUAUGUGAUGUUGGCCAUCUUGCUGGUCAGGGGCUUGACACUGCCAGGGGCCUGGCAGGGUGUGGUCUAUUACCUUUAUCCAGAACCUUCUCGUCUAGCAGACUUUCAGGUGUGGAUGGAAGCCUGUACUCAGGUCCUCUUCUCCUAUGGUGUUGGAGCAGGGACACUAACCACACUGGGCAGCUACAAUAAAUUUAAGAACAACUGUUACAGGGACAGUCUGUGGUUGUGUCUGCUGAACAGUUGCACCAGCUUCAUUGCUGGGUUUGCUGUCUUCUCUGCUCUGGGCUUUAUGGCUCAGGCUCAGGGAAUUCCCAUCAACAUGGUUGUUGAUUCAGGGCCUGGGCUGGCAUUUAUUGCAUUUCCUCAGGCUGUGGCCAUGAUGCCCCUGCCUCAGUUGUGGGCUGCCUGCUUCUUCAUCAUGCUCAUUCUGUUGGGUCUGGACACAACCUUUACAGGUUUGGAAACAAUAACAUCAUCAGUGAUUGACAUGUUCCCAGGGACGAUGCGCAGACCCUGGCGUAGAGAAAUCUUUCUCCUCCUCCUCUGCUCUGUGUGUUUCAUCUUCCAUAUCCUUCUCACCACUCAGGGAGGAGUCUAUCUGUUCCAGCUGAUUGAUUACUAUGGUGCUAGUGGAGCAUGUAUAGCCUGUGUGUCUCUGGUCCAGUGUGUAGCUGUUGGGUGGGUCUUUGGUGCUGAACGGGUGUGUGAUGUAGUUGAGGAGAUGACAGGACAGAGGCCCUGGCUUCUUUUCAAACUGUGUUGGCGUUACUUUACACCACUGAUCUGCAUGGUUGGCUUCAUCGGCUCCUUUGUGGACUAUCAGCCCCUGACAUUUGGGGACUAUGUGUAUCCAGACUGGGCCUACUAUCUCGGCUGGGCCAUAGCACUCUCCUCUAUAAUUGUUAUACCCAUCUGGGCUAUUGGCAAGAUCUGCCUCACCAAGGGCUCCCUCAGACAUCGUCUGUUGGUCCUGUGUCAUCCUGAUAGUGACCAUGUUGGUCCCAAGACAAACAAAGAAAAUCUCCUGAGUGAAACUGAAAUGAACCCAAUGUCAGCUCCUCUCACUGGCGUGUUAUGA